AUGCAAUCUAACUUACCGAUCACAAAUUUGGGAAUUGUGGCCGAUCUUAGUAAAUGUCCCCCCAGUUACAUUGUGCUGGUGAAAUCAACAGACAAGCGAGAGGAUUGUGAUUUAUGGAAAGAUAGUGUCUUCAAAUCAAAAUGCACUAGAUACCUGUGCUUCACGAGGGCUAUUGAAAAACAUCAAGAUCACUUACAAGAUGUUUUGGUCAAUAUUUUCCUCAUAAAUGAUAGAGAUCCGGUUCCAGAAGGGUGUCGAAUUGUUCAUAAGACCAUGGACACAUGUGUGUUUAUUAUUUAUUUCAAGAAAGCUCUACAGAAGAAAUUACUCUGCAUCAGGAUGCUGCCAAGAAAUUCUACCUGUGAGGCUGUGUCCGACAUGAUCAUUCUCAGCAGGAAUAAAAAACCUCCAAACAAUUAUACAGCAAUUGGUGAAAUAAAUGGAUUAGUGCUGUGCUACCAGAUGUGCAACUUGGCCAACCUGCAACAAGGAUGUGUUGGUGGUGGGGAUGACGAUCCAAUGCUGCAUACCAUCAAUAACGUCGACAACAGUAACAACAACAGUUGUAGUGAUGUUAACAACACAACAACAUCAAAUGCACUGGUCUAUUAUAAUGAUAUUGGAUCAUUGGUUGUCAAUGCUAUGUACGACAUCCCAUUCUGUUUGAAUGCCAGCAUUGGCAUUGAUGAUCUGACUAGGAAUGAGCUAUUGCAUUUGAAUGGUUAUAAAAAUCGUUACGAUGAAGAUAUGGAUAUCGAGACAGAGUUCAGUUACGACUUUACAGUAGAGAGGAUGAUGCUUGAAUUGUGA